AUGGAUGCCGUUCCCUCUUCGGCUGUCACUUAUGUUGGCCGGACUGCCGCGUCCCGUCCUGGCACACUCCGAGGAGUUCCGAGAUUCAGACCUGGGCCUAGCAAGCGCUCGGCGAGCUUCGCGCAGCCAAGCUCGGCCCGAAGAGGAGGUGCAACCUUCCUCGCCGUCGCGUCGCUGAGUUCGCUCCGGUGUCGUUCGAGCAGAAGCCGCUCUCGGAUAGCUGCCUGUGCGGGCAAGCCUGCCGAGCCUCCGGCGCCCUGGCAGCUUGUCGAGGUGCCUGAGACACCCGGGCAGUGGUACUACUGGAACGAGGAGACGGGCGAAAGCUCCUGGGAUCCUCCAGUCUCUGACUCAGAGUCGCCCGUCGAAGCAACAUCACCGUCCUCUUCUCCGACAGAAGGUGCCUGGCAACAGGCCACCACGGAAGAUGGCGACAUGUACUACUACAACGAGGAAACCGGUGAAACUUCUUGGACACUUCCCGAAGCUGUGAAGGAAACUCCGCAAUCCUCGGCAGGGCGCUGGCGGGGGGCCGCUGGGCCUGAUGGGACAGUGUACUACUACAACGAGGCCACAAAGGAGACAUCGUGGACCCUGCCUGAGGGUGCCGAGUUCGUGGUCGAUGCAGAGGAGCCUGCUGAGGAGGCCGUCGCUGAGCAGCUUGAGGAUGAGCAAGAGCUCUCGGAACAAGCCCCUAUUGCUGCCGAGAAACCUGCAGAGAAGGAGCUCGACGAGGCUGCAGGCAGUAAAGAAGAACUUCCGCAGCAAGUUUCUUCUGAGAAGCUCGAGGACGAGGAGCUGCUUGAGGACGGCGAUGACGAGGAACUGCUGGAGCAAGCCCUUGCGAACACGUAUAGGCCCGCAGAGGAGCAGCCAAAGUCAUUUCAGUCAGAAGAAGACAUAGAGUCCGGUGUGGAGGACGACGAUGAAGCACUGCUAGAGUCCGCCCUCGCUGCGAAGCAGGCAGGAGAGGUGUCUGAGGUGCCCGAGGAAGCAAUGAAGCUUCCCGAGUCUCCUGACAUAGUCCUUGCCGCCACGCAGAAGGAAGAUCUGGAUUUCUCACCAGAGGAAGACGACGACGAAAAACUGCUUGAGCAAGCCCUCGCAGAAGCGAAGCUAGUCGCUGAGCCCGAGACGGAGCUGCUUUUAGAUGAGGACUUAGAUGACGAGGAGGAACUACUCGAGCAAGCUCUCGCAGCACAAGCCACAACCGUCAAGGCGGGUGGUGCAAUGAAGCUACAUGCAUGGUAG